AGCCAGGUCGGCUCGAACCAGGCUCGGCCCGAGGCCACCACGCUCGGCGCACCCAGCCAGGCAGGCGCGAUGACCACGCGGUACAAGAAGAACCGCCACCUGCGCGGGGCGAUCUCGGCGGGCCGCGGGCGCAUCGGGAAGCACCGCAAGCACCCGGGCGGCUGCGGGAACGCGGGGGGCCAGCACCACCACCGCAUCAACUUCGACAAGUACCACCCGGGCUACUUCGGCAAGGUGGGCAUGCGCAACUUCCACCUGAUCAAGCACGGCAAGGUGUGCCCCCUGAUCAACGUGGACAAGCUCUGGUCGCUGGUCCCAGAGGGGACGCGGGAGCAGUUUGCGGCGCAGAAGGACAAGGCUCCCGUGAUCGACGUGAUGAAGGCCGGGUACAUGAAAGUCUGCGGCAAGGGCCAGCUGCCCGAGCAGCCCCUGAUCGUGAAGGCGCGCUACUUCACCAAGGAGGCCGAGGUCAAGAUCAAGGAGGCCGGCGGGGUCUGCGUCCUCGUGGCCUGAGCUCGCGCCCCAGGCGCGCCGGGACCCGCGCCCUCUGCGUGCCCGCGGGGCUGCCGCGCGCACGUCGCGGCGGAGCGCGUGGGAGGGCGCCGCGCGUGAGCAGAGAGGCAGCCGCAGCCGAGCAACA